AUGGAGUUGUCAGAGAAAACACCACUUGUUGAGAAACAUUCUGUUGAUAGUACGUAAGUUACUUUUACCAAUACUUGAUUUAAAGGACCAGCCGGGGUAAAUCUUUUGUUCUGUUUUUCUGCAACAAAUCAGGCAAUCAGGGAUUUAGCGAUUGGCAAAUCGUUCAAAAAAAUUAUUUUUUCGUUUUUAUUUUUCGAAGAACUUUUUGUUGUUAUUGGUCGUUUAUUGUCGAAUCUUUUAGUGAAAAAGAUCGAUUCUAACUGGUUUUAUGUAAGAUAUGUUAGAAUAUACAUGGUUUUACAUCUUUCAAACGUUUUUUUGUAAUUUGAGCAAAAAAAUCGUUUGAAAACGUGAAAAAUACAUGUAUUUUCGUCUUCUCCAGCUAAUCUGGCCAUAUUCCAUCUAAAAUAACAUGGAAAGGAUUCAAGAAUGAAGAAUGGGAUUGUUAUAAACGAAGCUUGACGUAUAUUGGAAUGGUAAAGGUCUUGGAUGCACAGUCCAAUUGAAUUUCGGUAAGUUCUUAUUCGUUUCUUGUGUCUGUUUUAGGUAUGAGAAACAAGUAUUGAAAUUGUUGAAGGAAUACUGGGUAAAACCGUUAUAAUAAUUUAUAAACCUUGGUAAAGGAAUUUAGAAAAUUGGCACAAAUUUGGUGUGGAUGUAGGUUUUCGAAGCUUCAUUGAAUUUUAGAGACAGGUCCAAUGGAUUUUUCGAUAAAUAUCUCGUUGUUUGAUUGAACAUUUCAGAUUACUAGUUGAUAGCUUUAUAAAUUUGUGUUGAAUACUUUAAUUUGAUCAAUUUAAAAUAACCUUUAUCCUCCGUCUGUUAAAAGUUCAACACUCUUCUUCAUUGCACAAUUUUCCCAUCUUCCAACAAUUAUAAAAAGUGUUACCUAAAAUUAUAUCCAGAAUUAAACAAUGACUUUUUCGGCAAAACCUUGAUAACGCCUCUAAAGUUUGACUAUAUUGAGCUUUUACUCAAUGUUCGUCACACGGCUUGCAUACAAUUUGCGGGAUUCAUGUUAACCUAAAACAUUAGACACAAGAAACGAAUAAGAACUUACCGAAAUUCAAUUGGACUGUGCAUCCAAGAUCUUUACCAUUCCAAUAUACGUCAAGCUUCUUUUAUAACAAUCCCAUUCUUCAUUCUUGAAUCCUUUCCAUGUUAUUUUAGAUGGAAUAUGGCCAGAUUAGCUGGAGAAGACGAAAAUACAUGUAUUUUUCACGUUUUCAAACGAUUUUUUUGCUCAAAUUACAAAAAUAACGUUUGAAAGAUGUAAAACCAUGUAUAUUCUAACAUAUCUCACAUAAAAUCAGUUAGAAUCGAUCUUUUUCUCUAAAAGAUUCGACAAUAAACGACCAAUAACAACAAAAAGUUCUUCGAAAAAUAAAAACGAAAAAAUAAUUUUUUUGAACGAUUUGCCAAUCGCUAAAUCCCUGAUUGAUUGAUUUGUUGCAGAAAAACAGAACAAAAGAUUUACCCCGACUGGUCCUUUAAAAGAAGUAUUUGCUUGAAAUUUUUAAAAAUGUAAUACUGUAAUUUAUUCGUAUGGGUGAAGAAAGAGGGGUAGAGUUUUUUUUUAAUUAAGAAUAAUCAAGUGUGAAUUAUUUAUCAAAAAACUAGCUUAUUUUAAGUUAUUGCCUUAAUUUCAAAUAAAAUCAAAACACAGUGCAACUAAAAUUUUUAAAAUGGAGUUACAGGCCACCCGAGGAUUCUGAAAAUUUUUGUAUAUCAAAACCAGUAAUUUGCAUUUUAUUUUCAAAUUGGUUACAGUAAGCUAAACUUGAAACAUUAUUUCAAUUUUAGAAAACCGCACGUUAAAGCAUUGACUAUCUUGUUUACUACAAUUAUUAUUGCUACUGCAUGUCUUAUAUACAUUUUUACGAAUUCAACAUCACGGAGUUACUAUGUUGUACUGUCAUCAGAUUUAAACUUGUAUUACUUAGUGCAUGUACCUUUUGCUAUUCAAGCAUGGAAGAACUUAGGAGUCAACACCUUAUUGAUGAUGACUUUGGAGCCAAAUGAGACCACUGGUCCAGCUGUUGAUGAGAUUUUGGCGUUUUCAAAAAAACUUGGAGUAAGAUUUUUACGUUGUUGAUAAUUGUGUAUUAAAAUCAAAAUUUUCAAAUUUAUUAAUUACUUUUCGAAACUCUUAACUUUAAACUUUUAGGCUGAAAUAGUGACAAUAACCAACAAUUCAAUAUCAACUGGUCGAUUAGCUCAAUCAUCUCGAGCUUUUGCUGCUGGCACUAAAUUCAGUCAUAGUCUAGAUCCAAAGUCUACAAUAUUUAUCACAUCCGACGUCGACUUCUUCCCAAGCAACUUGAGUCAUCACAUACCCGAUCACACCAAGGACAUGUUGUUCUAUGACUUUAAAUGUUGCACUGAACUGAAGUGGAAGGAAGUUGUAUUUAACAUGUACGGCAUGAUAACUAUUGCUAUGACGUUGAGUCGUUGGCGCGAAAUUAUGGGUAAAUUAAUUAGUUUUUAUGAAAUAUUUAAAAAUGAUUUCUUUGAGAUGUUAUCUAUGAAAUCUGCAGCUGCGCGUUUGUGUCGUUUUGAUAAAUGAAAAGGAGAGUUGCGGUUCAAAUAAAAAAAAGAAAUGAUUUCACAAUGGCCUUUCGAAACAAAGUACUACUAUUACAAUUUAUAUUAAUACAUGCCAUUCUAUUUUAAUUUGGUGUAGUCACUCAAAGCUGUGUUUUAUUUAUCUUCAUCGGCCCAUCAUUCUGGCCGAAUCCAUUUUUUCUGUCCAUCAUUCCACCUUGUUCUUGUUUUUCCAAUUGUAUUUUUUACGGCUUAUACUAAAUCAUCUUCUCUUGCCAUGUACUUUUAUUGCACCUUCUUGUCUUCCUGGCAACCUCCCAUUUCUCUUUGAGAAUUUUGAUCGCUAUCUUAUUAAGCCCAGUCUACCUUCUAACCCUUCAGCUCAUUAGCCCGUCGAUCAAACCGACUCUAGUUAAUAUCCUUUUCAUUUUUUUGACAUAGACUUAAUACCAUUAUAUUAUAUUAUACUCGGUCCAUGCUUUUGCUCCAUCGACUAAAUCAGUUUUAGAUUUACCAUCAAAAGAAUUUGUAGACGGUAGUUCCAUUGAACAUUCGAUAUUAAAAACCUUCGACAAUUCUUUGAAUUCACAUGACGUUUUUUGGAGGUGGUUUUUAGAUCAAAGGUUAUUUAGCUACAAGCUACACUUGUGGAAAACCAAAAAUCCAGAAGAGUAAGUUUUAAAAAAGAAAAAAUUUAAUUUUAUAAAUUUUAGAUCACUAUUACAUGUAAAAUAACUUUAAAAACUUAAAACUUUUAGUUUUUUUAAUUACAAAAUUUAGAUUCAAAAAGUUUUCCCAAACUUCAAGAAGUGGCCGACGUUUAGACCGAAAGACUUGGCCCGAAGACAACUUUCUCCGCAACAUGAGCAACGUUUGGGAUUACUACGAAGCUGCUCACGUAACUCCAGGAAUCUUUAUGGAUUCUGUUUGGGAAAAGAAUUUAGUUUUUUAUGAAAAGAUCUUCACCUCAGAUCAAUUAGAAGAACUAACACAAUAUAGAAAUGAUGUUGUUAAACAUAUAAAUGUCACAGAAACGUUGAGAAGACAUUACCAUCCAGAAGAGAACAAUCGGUAUUGGAGAAAGACUUUCAAGCUGAACGGAAUGUUGAAUGAUGGCAGAAAAGCCUCUAAACACGCCAAAUUAACCAAAUAA